ACAGGUCACGCCAGACCUCACCAAGCCAAAAAAAAAAAAAAAAAAAAAAAAAAAAAAAAACAGGAAAAAAAAAAAAAAAGGCAACGAAGAAGAAGAAGCAGAGCAAUACAGUUGCUGAUAGAGAGGGGCAGCAACGAAACUCAAAAUGCCUCCGCAGUCCCCUCCAACAAAACCCCAGAAAUUCUACUUCUUCUAUGGCCACCGCAAGCCAUCCCAGAACCGGCCCACCGUCCGUGGCGGUCUCUUCUCCAACCGCCUUUCCCUUCCGAGCUCUCAAAAACCUCAAACCCAUCAAUCUGAGCCCUUUGAUCUCUCCAGAUGGGACCCUGACCACCCCACAUCACCACCGUCCAAACCCACAACUCCAACACUGUCCUUCCUCUCUCCCAUCGCUCGUUUCAUCGUGGACGCCUUCCGGAAGAACCGCUGUCAAUGGGGUCCACCAGUCGUCUCCGAGCUACAAAAGCUCAGAAGGGUCACACCCAAUCUUGUGUCUGAGGUCCUCAAGGUCCAGACUGACCCUGGCUUAGCCUCCAAGUUCUUCCAUUGGGCUGGUAAGCAAAAGGGUUAUAAGCAUAACUUCGCUUCCUACAAUGCUUUCGCUUAUUGCCUGAACAGGACUAAUCGAUUCCGGUCGGCGGAUCAGGUCCCUGAGUUGAUGGACUCGCAGGGAAAACCACCAAGUGAGAAACAGUUUGAGAUUCUUAUCAGAAUGCAUGCUGAUGCCAAUAGGGGUCUUAGAGUUUUCUAUGUUUAUGAGAAAAUGAAGAAAUUUGGUGUUAAACCCAGAGUUUUUCUGUAUAACAAGAUAAUGGAUGCUUUAGUCAAAACGGGUCAUUUAGAUUUGGCAUUGUCUGUUUAUGAGGAUUUCAGGGAUGAUGGGUUGGUUGAGGAGAGUGUCACUUUCAUGAUCUUGAUUAAGGGUCUGUGCAAAUCCAACAGAAUUGAUGAAAUGUUGGAGGUUUUGGAUAGAAUGAGAGUGAAUCUGUGCAAGCCUGAUGUCUUUGCUUAUACUGCGAUGAUCCGGGUGCUGGUUUCAAAUGAUAGCUUAGAUGGGUGUUUACAGGUUUGGGAGGAAAUGAGUAGAGACGAAGUGCAGCCAGACGUGAUGGCGUAUGCUUCCAUGAUCACUGCAAUGUGUAAAGGAGGGAGGGUUGAGAAAGGAUAUGAGUUGUUUAAGGAGAUGAAGGAGAAGGGAUAUAUGAUCGAUAGAGCAAUUUAUGGAUCAUUGAUACAGGCGUUUGUGGCAGGUGGGAAGGUUAAGCUGGCCUGUGAUUUGUUGAAGGAUUUGGUUGAUUCAGGGUAUAGAGCAGACCUGGAGAUAUAUGGUUCUCUAAUUCAAGGUUUGUGUGAUGUAAAGCGGGUUGAUAAGGCUUACAAGCUUUUCAAAGUGACAGUUCAAGAGGGUUUGGGGCCAGACUUUGAAACUGUGAAGCCCAUUUUGGUGACUUAUGCAAAUAUGAGAAAAAUGGAUGAUUUUUACGAGCUACUCGGGCAGAUGAAGAAACUGGGUUUUUCUGUUAUUGAUGAUCUUCCCGAAUUCUUGACUUUUCUCAUAGAAAAGCAGGGAGCAAAUAUGGCUCUUGAAGUGUUUGAAGACUUGAAAUCUAAAGCUUAUUAUAGUGUUGCAAUCUACAAUAUCUUUAUGGAGGCUCUCCAUAAAGCUGGGAUGGUAAAAAAGGCCUUAUCGCUCUUCCAUGAAAUGAAGGAUCUGAAUCUUCAACCAGACUCCACUACUUAUAGUGUUGCAAUUACAUGUUAUACUGAAGUGGGGGAUAUUAAAGAAGCUUGUGAUUGUUAUAAUACGAUAAUUGAGAUGUCUUGUGUUCCUUCAGUUGCUGCUUAUCGUUAUCUUGCUGGAGGACUAUGCAAAACUGCAGAGUUCGAUGCAGCUAUGAUGCUAGUUCGUGACUGCUUGGCGAGCGUAAGUAGCGGGCCAAUGGAGUUCAAAUAUAGUCUUAGCAUUCUCCAUGCCUGCAAAUCUAGUAAUGCAGAUAAGGUAAUUGAAGUGCUUAAUGAAAUGAUGCAACAAGGUUGUCCCCCAGAUGACGUUAUAUGCUCUGCUGUUAUCCAUGGAAUGUGUAUGCAUGGCACAAUAGAGGAGGCGAGAAAGGUUUUUUCGAACUUGAGGGAGCGGAAACUUUUAUCAGAAGCCAAGGUGAUAGUUUAUGAUGAAUUACUAAUUGAACACAUGAAGAAGAAGACAGCAGAUUUGGUGCUGUCAGGAUUGAAGUUUUUUAAUCUAGAAUCAAAGCUGAAAGCAAAGGGUUGUACAUUGUUGUCAAAUUGAAAAUAUAAAGCAGGAGCUGAUUAUUGUUUAUUGAUUA